ACACAGAGGCAUCAUACAGCUUGUUCCUUCAUCACACUCUGUCUACCUCUCUCUGUGUCUCCCUCCCUCUUCUCACACACCAGCGAUUUCUCUCUCCCUUUUCUCUCUCAAUCUCACACACAAACAUACAUACGCAUAUACUCUCACACACCUCUCUUUUUCACUUUCUCUCACAAACAUACGUUAGUACACACCCUCUCUUGCUCAGUGUGAUCUGUUAACAUGAUAGAGAAGUGUUCCCCACACACUAGGAAAAGCAUGAUUUCAAAAUGAAAAUGAGAAGACCUUGAAGGCAGAAAACGACAAAUGUUCUUCUGAGGAAUGAGAACAUCAGUCACCCAUUUUUAAAUUGUGUCUUGGGUGAAUUGGCCUUAAACUAAUAACAUAAUGGACCUCUCGUUUAUGGCUGCGCAGGUUUUGAGACAUACCCAGAAGGUUCCCUGCAACGCAUGCAGUCGGCAGCUGCUCUCCAACCAGGAUAUCAGUCAGUUCAGUUUAUUUUCAAUCCCUGUCAUGACGGGAGCAUUCAUGGACUCCCCCAACGACGACUACAGCACUGACCAUUCGCUCUUCAACUCCUCAGCCAGUGUCCAUGCAGCUGCAAUCAUAGCCCACGGGCAACAGGAGGAGCCACAGCCCAUGUCUCGGGAUGCAAUCUGGCUGUGGGUCGCCAUCAUUGCCACCAUCGGCAACAUUGUGGUAGUGGGCGUGGUCUAUGCCUUCACCUUCUGAUUUGUCCCUGAAAUGCCCAGACUGCAGGGGCUGGGGGACAGGGGUUUCAGGGCCAGCAUGGAUGACCAGAUUCUAAUCUCCUGUUUUACAUUCCUCACUUAAUGCACAGAAUCUCUUUAUUUGGUUAUUUUUUUAAAGGAUUGCUAUUGUCAUAUACAUCUAACAAUGAAUAGUGAUAUUCUCAAUUCAUAGUUAUUUUCACAGAGAUAUAUUUUUUUAAUCAUGAUCCCUUUUAUUUGGCAGGGGCACAGACAUGAAACGGAAAUGAGGAAUUUGGCUUGUAAGAAUGCUCGGACUGGAAAGGGUUAAUGUACAGAAUGUCAGUUGGUUUUUAAAGGUUUUGGUACUGUCAUAUACAUAUAACAAUCAGUAGUGAUAUUCCCAAUUCAUAAUGAAGAAAGGCAGUACAAUUAAAUUACCAGAAUUUAUUUUCAGUAUGUGUGCAUAGUCACAUGUACACAAACACACACAUAAAUAAAUUCAAACACAAAAAAUGUACACUGCCUACCUGUAAUAUUUAUUUUGCUUAAAGUAAAUAUUCUAUGUAAUUCUGUAAAGACAUAUUAAAUUAUAUUAAAGAGCUUUAAAUGGAUAGUAGACAAUAUUAGUACAGCACUCCAACAUUAUUUACAGUACUCUGCAACACCUUUUCAGUUCAUUUCAAAGUUGCCUUCAAAUGAGUCCUUGGCAAGUAUAACAGAAUCAAAAAUAUGUAAUUCAAUACAUUUUGUUGUGACUGCAGUGUUCAUCAGUACAGGGUGUUUUAUUUUUAUUUUUAUUAGGACAAUAACAGAAAAAACUAUUUUUCUUGAAUAUUCAUAAUGGUUAUUUUUUUCACAACAGGAAAUUCCUUCUAAAUAUGGUUCCCCUCACUGCAAUCUUCCACUUCUUUAUCUAUUUCUCAUAAAAUGAGCCGAGUGGUGACGUGACAAUCUUUUUCAGUAUAUUUACUUUUCCAUGUUGCAAGAUGUAGGCAUCAUGGUUUUUAUAUUUUCAAAUAUUCACGUGUGACUGCAUUUUCAUUUUGACCACCCACCUUUAAAAUAAGCUUUUAUCAUAACUGACUGUGCUUUUAGCCUCAUAAAAUGAGACCAA